AUGUAUGAGCAGCCGGAGGUGGCGGCUGAAUUUUGCUUCAGUGCAAGCACACCCGCUCGAGAAGUGAAGGGAGUUCAGAGGGCUGUGGAAGUGGGGUGGGAAGAUUGCAGUCUGGACAGGCAAAGACAGCUUUUCAGUCCAGAUUUCUGCGAGCGUGUCAUCAGGCAUAACUUGCUCAUCGACGAGAAGACGGAUGCACCACCACAGCUGGGAUGGAGACCUGUCGCCGAGACGCUCUUCGUAGAUAAGCUGUCGCACAUUUUCUCUCCUGAUUUUAGAGACGCGCUCCAGUACCUUUUGCCGCUAUUCUCAGUGCUCCAAUUCCAGAACCAGGAAUGUGUAUCAUCAACAGGAAAUAUUGGAACAUGCCUGACAGUAUCAGAAUGUGAACAGCGAGGUGGAAUUAUCAAUGGCACUUGUGCUGGGGGCUACGGUGUCUGUUGUGAAUUUUAUGCUACUUGUGGACAAACUGUGAGAGAAAACAACACAUAUUUCAUUAGUGCCAACUAUCCCCAACCUUAUGAUGGAACAGGAGCAUGCCGGUUGCUUGUCAACAAGCUGCGUUCUGAUGUCUGUCAGUACAGGCUUGAUUUUGAUGAGUUCAGAAUAGCUGGUCCUGAGCCUGUAAACAACACCUGCAUUUAUGACCAGUUUCUUGUUACUGGAGGGAGUCCUAUAAAUGAGAUAUGUGGAAUCAACAAAGGCAACCACAUGUAUGUUGAUGCCAAUGAGGGCCAAAUUAGUCCAAUUGCCCUAACGUUUGUAACCAGUGGCCCCACAUUUUCAAGAAGGUGGAAAGUGAGAGUCAGCCAAAUAGCCUGCUCAUCACCGCUUAGAGCUGAAUCAGGAUGUCUUCAGUAUUUUACUGGAGUAACAGGACAAGUUAAAUCAUUCAAUUAUGAUCCAGAAGUUGGCCUACAGUUAUCUAAUCAGGACUACAGCAUGUGCAUUCGACCUGAGAGAAAUUUCUGUGGUAUACAAUAUGCAGCAUGUCCAGAUACAGUAAACAAUAGGACUCAUGCUUUCACACUAACCGACAACACAUUAAGUCCAACUGCAAAUAUACCAGCACGUGUUGCUAGUGCAGGGCCUUAUGCAUGUACAACAGACUGGCUUAAUAUACCAUGUGCAGUAAAUGCUGGACGUAGAUAUCCAGCUCAAUGUGUUGAUCGUAUCUGUGGAGGAACGUUCAGUGCAGAAGUUGGACAGCAGACAGCUUUUGUCUACAGUAGGACAAGACCGUUCCGGCUGGCUUUUCAUACUGACAGCUCUGAAGCUCCAAAUGACAUUGGGAACAGAGGUUUCUGCCUCAACUACAUUCAACAGCCUUGCUCUGCCUUAAAUGGGUGAUUUAUUUUG